GAAUAUUGAACAUUUUGUUGCAUAUUUUGGUGGUUUUCAUUCUGCUCCAUACAUUAGGCUCACUUUUCCUUCAGAAAUGUAUAAAUGAGCAUAAUUUCUGCUGUGAUGUCAGACGGUCACAUGAUGCUCCAGAGUGUGUUUUGCGGCUCGAGAGAGUCCUGGAUCUGGUCAGAAGUGAAGAUGGUUUCUCCUGCGAUCGCUUUGGCUUUACUUCCUCUGUUACUCACGCUGAUCAUCCGUUACCGUUAUUUCUUCGUGCUGCUGUAUCGAGCCGUACUGAUCCGCUGGGUGCGCGACUGUUUAACGGGCCUCAGCCGAGAGGAACGGGCCUAUCAGUACAUACUGACCCACGCCACGCCGGGAGACUCCCAGAGCAUCCUGGACACCUUUGACCAGUGGUGCAGCAAAGUGGAGUUCAUCAGCAACAUCGGGCCCAAGAAAGGUAAGAUUCUGGACCGGCUGCUGCUGGAACACUGUCCGAUCACUGUGCUGGAACUGGGCACUCACUGCGGCUACAGCACCGUUCGCAUCGCCCGCUCACUGCCCAUCGGCGCCCGGAUCUACUCCGUCGAGAUGGACGAGCGAAACGCUGGGGUGGCUGAGAAAGUCAUCCGACUGGCGGGUUUUGAUGAAGACAUGGUGGAGCUGAUCGUGCGUCCGUCGGAUGAAGUGAUCCCCCGCUGCGUGAGGACUUUCGGCGUGGAGCACCUGGACUUUGUGUUCAUGGAUCACUGGAAGCGCUGUUACCUGCCGGACCUGCAGCUGUUGGAGGGCAGCGGCCUUCUGGGAGAAGGAUCCAUCAUUCUAGCUGACAACGUCAUCUUCCCCGGAGCACCCAACUUCCUGCGGCACGCCCGGCGCUCCGGCCUGUACGAGGUCAGAGUUCACCGCGCCACGCUGGAAUACAUCCGUGGCAUUCGUGACGGCAUGGCUGAACUGACCUUCCUCGGGAUAAAGUAAAACAUUCUUGUGUUUCUCACCCCACGGAACGUUUGUGAGAUUAUGAACCCUUACAGUCAAAGGUUUCAUUCAUUCACUAACAUGAAUCGUCAGGUGAUGAGCGACAGGACUCGUCGUGUUUGAGGCUCUGUGAGAUCAGAAAGUAACUAAAGUCAGCAUGGAAUGAAAUUCACUCUAUUUUCUAAAUGCAUCUUAUUGUGAACAAUUCAUUCAUGCAAAUUUCUUUUUAUAAAAAUGUUUUUACCUUGUAAAGUUUAAUCAGACUGUCAUAACUGGAUCUUCCCGUGAAGUGUCAGUCUUCUCUUUGGUGACAUAUGCAGGAUUCCCCAAUCAUUUAGUAUGCUUAAACUCCGCCCCUGCAAGCUGUUCUGAGAGCCACACCCACAUCUCAACAUCCAAUCAACAACUGAUGCAUAUAAUCAAGUCCCGCGCUACAUUUAUUCUUUCUCCAUAACCUGUUACACUAUGUAAUAUAUGUAACAAUACGGAAGAAAUUAUCUGUCACUACUUGUUUAAUUGUGACUUUAAUUGCUCAAUUUGAUCAUGUAUGUAUCAUCAACCAUUUAAAGUUUUUUAAUUA